AGUUCUCGCUCAAUUUUACGGUAUCACCUACUGCGGAAAGCUUUGGGUUAGGUUGGGGAUGGCUCCAGAAGUGAGCUUCGGAGGAUGAGUGUAGGGUGACCGCGGCGUCGCGGUGGAGUUAAGUAGAGUAGUUUUGUGAAAAGUUGUAAUCAAAUCGGAUGGAUCUGCUGAGCGCAGCUGAUAGAGGGCGUCGGCAUGGCAUCGUAGUGCGCGUGUUGUUUACUAGGGCGCCAUCGCAGUUCCCAUCGUGGCUCUGUCCACCUACCACAAGCAUUGAACAGAGAGAGGCAGCGCCCCUAACGGCGAGUCGAGCGAGACCAUUACGUUCGGGACUGUUAAUGUCCACCGGCCAGAGCGGCUCGGAGUGGUGCGAGCGAGUUGAGUUUGAGUGUGUGUAGUGCCUGACUGCCUGGGUGCGUUUCUGGCGCCCAGAUCCUGCUAUCUAUUAUCGGGCGACAAAUGUUAACUUGACCGUCACUACGGAACAUCUAGACGGAGUGGACUGUGACAAGGGCUCGGGGCGACCGCUACCGCAGCCGGGACAUAUUGGACCAAGGCAGAAAAUCUAGCUGUGAGAAAUGGCUACGAUAGACGGCCGUCCCGCGCAAUAUGGAAUUACCCUGAAACAGUUACGCGACCUCAUGGAACAUCGAGGUCGCGAAGGAGUAAAUAAAAUUGCUGACUUUGGAGGAGUACAAGAAAUUUGUAAGAAAUUAUACACAUCGCCCAGUGAAGGUCUUAGCGGGUCACAGGUGGACCUUGAACAUAGAAGAGAAACAUUCGGAUCAAACUCAAUUCCUCCCAAACCUCCAAAAACUUUUCUUCAAUUAGUAUGGGAAGCUUUACAAGACAUCACUCUUAUUAUUCUGGAAGUAGCAGCCAUUGUGUCUUUAGGUCUUUCUUUCUAUCAGCCGCAACAAGAAGAUGUCCCUUUUGACGAUGAUGAAACUAGUCAUGGUUGGAUUGAGGGUUUAGCUAUUUUAAUCUCCGUUAUCGUAGUAGUCUUAGUAACAGCAUUUAACGAUUAUACGAAAGAAAGACAAUUCAGAGGUCUUCAGAGUCGAAUCGAGGGAGAACAUAAAUUUGCUGUGAUUCGACAAGCUGAAGUAAAACAAGUUUCCGUUAGCGACAUAGUUGUAGGUGAUAUUUGCCAGAUAAAAUACGGUGAUCUUUUACCGGCAGACGGCAUCCUAAUCCAAUCCAAUGACCUCAAGGUGGACGAAUCUUCUCUUACGGGCGAGUCAGACCAUGUCAAAAAGGGCGAAAACUACGACCCUAUGGUCUUGUCUGGCACCCACGUGAUGGAAGGUUCAGGAAAAAUGUUGGUUACUGCGGUUGGUGUCAACUCCCAAGCAGGUAUCAUCUUCACACUACUAGGAGCAGCAGUUGAUGAACAGGAAGCCGAAAUUAAGAAAAUGAAGAAAGAAGCUAAAAAGCAGCGGAAGAAGAAAAGUCUAACAGGUGCUGACGAUGAAAACGUAACUGGUAACAGUCAUAUGAAUUCUCCCGCUCCGGUUCCAAAUAAGCUUAACGAGAGUAAACAAGAAUCCAAAGAAAAUCACGUAUCGUCACCACCGGCGUCGGCGGAAAGUCACAAGAAAGAAAAGUCGGUUCUUCAAGCAAAAUUGACGAAACUUGCCAUUCAGAUUGGAUAUGCCGGUUCUACAAUUGCCGUUCUCACUGUUGUAAUUUUGAUAAUUCAGUUUUGCGUUAAAACCUACGUUGUUGAGGGCAAUUCGUGGCAAAAGAAUCACGCCAGCCACUUGGUGCGUCAUUUGAUCAUCGGUGUAACUGUACUCGUGGUGGCAGUACCAGAAGGUUUGCCGCUCGCUGUUACGCUUUCUUUAGCUUAUAGUGUCAAGAAAAUGAUGAAAGAUAACAAUUUGGUAAGACAUUUGGACGCUUGCGAAACCAUGGGUAAUGCCACUGCAAUUUGUUCGGACAAAACCGGAACUUUGACCACCAAUCGCAUGACCGUUGUGCAAUCCUACAUUUGUGAGCAGUUGUGUAAAUCCAUGCCGAAAUUUUCUGAUAUUCCUGCACAUGUCGGAAAUGCGAUCCUCCAGGGCAUUGCGGUUAAUUGCGCUUACACAUCGCGAGUUAUGCCUCCGGAUGAUCCGACCGACUUGCCCAAGCAAGUUGGUAACAAAACUGAGUGCGCAUUGUUGGGAUUCGUCCUCGGUCUCGGCAAGAACUACCAAACGAUCCGCGAUGACUAUCCUGAGGAGAGUUUUACCCGCGUUUAUACAUUUAACUCUGUGAGAAAAUCCAUGAGCACUGUCAUCCCCAGAGCGGGUGGUGGAUAUCGAUUGUACACAAAAGGUGCUUCUGAGAUGAUUUUAAACAAGUGUGCCUUCAUUUACGGUCACGACGGCCGUUUAGAAAAGUUCACCAGAGAUAUGCAAGAGCGUUUGUUGAAGCAAGUUAUCGAACCAAUGGCUUGUGAUGGUCUUCGGACGAUCUGUAUCGCUUUCCGCGAGUUCGUGCCGGGCAAGGCCGAGAUCAAUCAAGUACACAUAGAAAACGAACCAAAUUGGGACGAUGAAGAUAACAUUGUCAAUAACUUGACUUGCCUUUGCGUUGUCGGAAUUGAGGACCCUGUACGUCCCGAAGUACCUGACGCCAUCAGGAAGUGUCAGAAGGCCGGGAUUACGGUUCGAAUGGUCACCGGUGAUAAUCUUAACACAGCCAGGUCUAUCGCAACCAAAUGCGGUAUCGUCAAACCUAACGAAGAUUUCCUCAUUAUCGAGGGCAAAGAAUUCAACAGACGCAUUCGAGACAGUACUGGAGAAGUCCAACAACAUCUACUUGACAAAGUAUGGCCUAAACUACGUGUACUUGCACGUUCUUCUCCCACUGACAAAUACACCUUAGUCAAAGGUAUAAUCGACAGCAAAGUUAACGAAAAUCGUGAAGUGGUCGCCGUAACUGGUGACGGCACAAACGAUGGUCCUGCGUUGAAAAAGGCCGACGUUGGUUUCGCCAUGGGUAUCGCUGGCACAGACGUGGCAAAAGAAGCCUCUGAUAUUAUUUUGACUGAUGACAACUUUAGCAGUAUCGUCAAGGCCGUGAUGUGGGGACGUAACGUUUACGACAGUAUAGCAAAGUUUCUGCAGUUUCAGCUUACCGUUAACGUUGUAGCUGUUGUUGUAGCAUUUAUUGGUGCCUGUGCUGUUCAAGACAGUCCUUUGAAGGCUGUCCAAAUGCUGUGGGUUAACUUAAUUAUGGAUACUUUAGCUUCUCUCGCUUUAGCUACAGAACUUCCCACAAACGAUUUGUUGUUGAGAAAGCCGUACGGCAGGACUAAACCUUUGAUUUCACGGACGAUGAUGAAGAAUAUUCUUGGACAAGCAGUUUACCAGUUAACUGUAAUUUUUGCUCUUCUUUUUGUCGGGGACAAGUUGUUAGAUAUUGAAUCUGGACGUGGAACCGACCUCGGUGCCGGACCUACCCAACAUUUUACCGUUAUCUUUAAUUCUUUUGUAAUGAUGACUCUCUUCAAUGAGUUCAAUGCGAGGAAAAUCCACGGACAGCGCAACGUAUUUGAGGGGAUCUUCACCAAUCCAAUUUUCUAUACAAUUUGGAUUGGCACGUGUGUGUCACAAAUUCUUAUCAUUCAGUAUGGUAAGAUGGCUUUUGCCACUAAAAGCCUGACCUUGGAGCAGUGGCUCUGGUGCCUCUUCUUCGGUUUAGGAACGUUGCUUUGGGGACAACUUGUUACUACAGUUCCUACUCGUAAAAUACCCAAGAUUCUUUCUUGGGGUCGCGGCCAUCCCGAGGAGUACACUGAAGCAAUUGCCAUUGGCGAAGAGAAGUUCGACGUAGAUUCAGACAAGAAGCCCAGAGCUGGCCAGAUCUUGUGGAUCCGCGGUUUGACUAGGUUGCAAACGCAGGUGAUAGGUGGUGAAUUGCAAGAACGUUUGAUUCCGGUUCCGUACAGCAAGAGCUCCACUGACCAAGCUGUGGGGCAAAAUCACAUCCGAGUAGUUAAUGCUUUCCGUCAGGGCCUAGAUGCUCGGUACGGCGAACACAGCAAUACUUCCCUUGCCGAGGUACUCCGCAAACAGACAUCACUCUCUAAGAGGUUGUCUCAGACUUCUUCCAUUGAGUAUGCCGAUAACAUCCCAGAUGAGUUGACGAUCCCCGAAAUAGACGUGGAGAGAUUAUCCUCUCACAGCCACACAGAAACGGCUGUUUAGCUCCCAGCCCGCAACCUCUUCCUCGCGCCGCGAUCCCGUCCUGCCAACCACCAAAUUCAUACUCAAUGACCUGAUCCCAACCGAACCUAACCGACCGACAUCAACUAACUUGUACUUAAGCGAAGCGUCCGAGCUACGGGGUACCUACUCCAACCACCCAACCAACAAAUAACAUAAAAGCAGCGCAACGCAGUUACCCACACACCACAGAAUGAUGAAUCUCAUCCUGAAUCUUGUCUAUCAUAACAUAAUAUUAAUUGCACUGAUUGUGAAUCGCAUUGCUCGCGCGUUUGUUCGUUAAUUUGUUGUUAUCUAGUGGACAUUGAGUGUCUCGUUUCGUUUUGAUUUCUAAGACAGGAUCCGUGCUGGCGACAUGAACUAUAUUGAUUAGCAAUAAAUGGGCGAUCGAGAGUUCGCUCAUAGCGUUUAAUUAGGUGCCUAGGUGAGGGGCUCACCACCACUGGAUGGGGCUCUCACAGACGAGGACGCGCGCUGUUGUCCGUCGUGCACUCUGGCGAGGCCGCCGCGUCGACCAGGAGUUUUGCUUAAUUUUUAAAAAUUAUCUGCCUCCUUGUGCACCGUCCUCGCGGCUCGCUCUUGCUCAGCUAGGCUGCGCGCGUCCUCGUCCAACUCACGAGCCGCCGGCGCCGAUCCGCUGGACCUGAAGCGCACACGGCGUGGGCGACCCGUCCUAUCUUAUUAUUAUUAUAAUUAUUACUAAAGAGGAAAAAAAUAAAAAUAAAAACUGUAGGUAUCAGAUGUUGUCUGCCAAAUGUUGGAGGGGAGGCAAUAACCACACGCAGUUAUAGAUUUUAGUCUUUAUAAAUAUAUAGUUAUAUCGUUAGUCGAAUUACUGCUUCUCCUCGCCUUCUUCUGUUGUAAUCUAGGUCUAACUCUGACUUAGUUAUUACGUAGGUAGUCUAGCGGUGAACACUAGAUAUACAUAAAUACAUAUUUAAGAUGAUGAUACUGUACGAGGGGCAGCCUCGACCUCCGAGAUUCAUUUCUUUUAUACUUUAUCUAAAUGUAUUUUAAUUCACGAAAUUUCGAACAACUAAACUGGAACAAACAAACAGUACAGUACUCUAAAGUUAUUUAUUACGUACGUAGAGUUAGCAGCUGUGUAUAAUGGCGCGUCGGUCUGUCCUCGAGCCCUGACCAAGCACCCUUCUAGUCGGUGACGGUACUUAGUACUUCGGCCUUAGCACUUAGCGAGUAUUUUUAGCAUUUUAUUGAAAAACUGAUUGAACAUCGGGUAAAAUGCAAGGCGUAUGCGUGUCGUUUGAUAUUGUUACGUUUGGGCCUUGGUUCGCGGCCGCCGGCGCGCUGCGCACACAUUUAUACACUACUCCGUAUCGGAUCCAUCGGUUAAGAUGUUCGUGGGAAUUCGCAGACCCUAGGCAAAAAUGGGGCCCGAUUUGUGGCAUCGUGCGGUCUGGGCGAAUUGCGCACCUUCGCCGCCGUCCGAGCGCAAAUCGCGUCAUUUUUGUGACUUAGAACGAACGAACGAACAUCUCGUCGGCUAAAUUUCCAAGUUUUGACUUGUCGCAGCAUAUUCUAGUCAGCAGAGAAAUAAUGAAAGGUGGCGAUGGUGGUCGCAUCUUGGAAGUGAAGUCGUUGCGGACCGGACGUGCCCUCUCACGAUAGAGUCGUGGUAGUGCGCGUUCCUAUUACUAUGUAAUAUAAUUUACUUAUGUUAUAAUUAAUAUCUAUCUGUGGUUCGUCACGCCCUUGCCCAUCAGACUCCAUACACUUCUAGUUGAUCAAACGAACCGCAAUCAUUUACCAAUCAUUACCUCGUUUGUUUUCGUAGUUGUACACUUAAAGUAAAUUUUAUUGAUAAAGCGAAGGGGUGUUAGUUGAGGCCGAUUCAGGCCGGAAGCAGUAGCAGACCAGAUGUGCAGAUAUUGAUUGAUAUAAGAUAUGAUAAGUCCCGAUUAUGCCGAAUUUUGUCAAACGUGGCAUUUUUAAGUUGAAUGUUGUUAUUUGUAAUUUAUAAUGGUACAAUUAAAUCGUUAUCAUGU